AUGAUUUUCGACCCUACAAUGACCAAGAAGAAAAAGAAGAAGAAGAAGCCCUUUAUGUUGGAUGAAGAGGGAGAACAGCAGGUGGAGGAGACCCAGGUUCCUGAAAUGAAAGAGGCAGAACCAGAACCAGUGGAGGACAAAGAUGCGGAUGCAGACGAUGAGUCAUUUAGGAAGAAAGAUGCUCCUGAUGAUCUAGAUGACUUGAACUUUUUGAAUCAGAAGAAGAAGAAGAAAAAGACGAAAAAGUUUGACCUGGAUGAAGCAGAAGAAGGCAUUAAGAAUCUGAAGAUUGAGGGUGAUGUGCAGGAGGCCUCAGAAUCCCAGGAAGAUGACCUGGACUUAAUGCUGACAAAAAAGAAGAAAAAGAAAAAUGUGAAGUUCCCUGAGGAUGAUGAGUUUAAUGAUAAAGAUGAAGCCUUUGAAGAAGACGACAGUAAAAAAGAUGAUGGAAUCUCUUUUAGCUCUUCGCUUGGACCUGCAUGGGCUGGCUCAGAAAGAGAUUACACUUAUGAUGAGCUGCUUAACCGAGUCUUUAACAUCAUGAGGGAGAAAAACCCCGACAUGGUAGCCGGAGAAAAGAGGAAGUUUGUCAUGAAGCCACCUCAGGUUGUCCGAGUAGGAACAAAGAAAACCUCCUUUGUGAACUUUACAGAUAUCUGCAAACUAUUACAUCGUCAGCCAAAACAUCUUCUGGCUUUCUUAUUAGCUGAAUUGGGUACAAGUGGUUCUAUAGACGGUAACAACCAGCUAGUCAUCAAAGGCCGCUUCCAACAGAAACAGAUAGAGAACGUCUUGAGAAGAUAUAUAUCAGAAUAUGUGACCUGUCACACAUGUCGGUCGCCAGACACUAUCCUACAGAAAGACACCAGGUUAUACUUCCUGCAGUGUGAGACCUGCCAUUCUCGUUGUUCUGUGGCUAGCAUCAAAACCGGAUUCCAGGCAGUCACGGGCAAGAGAGCACAACUCCGCGCCAAAGCCAACUAG